AGUGCCUCUUCGGCUCCAUCCCGCCGGAAGCAGGCUUCAGGCUCUAUGCCUUUUCGUCUUUACAUCGGCUGGCGAAAUUUCGCUACACGUUCGGGGCCGCGCGUCUCGUGGAGGGCGGACGGUGGCCAUGGCGCCCGUCUGCGCCGUCGCACUGCUCUUGGCGGCUGGCGCCGCCCAGGGUGCCCGCCCGGCGCUUGACCUCGAGGGCGCGAGCCUCAGCGUCGAGGGCAACGCUGGUGGUGGAACGAGCCGCGCUGGGAGGAGAUGUGCUGACAUCGUCCCUGGGGCGGAGCCCUCCUAUUUGGGUUCGUGCAGGUGCGCAGCAGAAGGGGCCAAGCUGGCUGGCGAGGAUGCAGCAUGCAAGUUGGAUGAGGACGAUGACGCUUUCAUGCCGCACCCCGUCGAGGGCAAGGGCUGUUUCUGCAGAGUCAGCAGGAACAACAGGAGCGCUGGCGAGGGCGGAUUCGUGGAGAUGGUGGAUUCGGAGCCGCGGUGCCCCAUUUUGGCUGAAGUCGCCUCCAUGGAAGAGUGCAGGGAGGCGACCGCAGCACUUGGGAUAGGUCACGGGCCGGUCUUGGAUCGUGAAUUACAGCAUCAAAUAAGCUUCUGUGCUGUUAGCAGAAAAGGCUACGCGGAAUCUUGGUGGAAUCCAGUGCCCCCCAUGACUUCACAGGGCAAUUCAGCUUUUGGUUUCAGCCCUGUCUGCAGAGGCAGCUCGUACUACCUUCAAGACAGAGCUGUCGGGGACAGAGGGUGUCCAGCAGGGCAUGAGCUUCUGUUCGUCGAAGAGUGUCGCGCGGCGUUAGCCCUUAUGACAGGGCGAACAGUCGUUCGCUACCGUCCAGCAUCAGCUGCCGUGUAUGGCUGCCAUUUAGAAGAACACGAGUGGACACAAGGGACGGACCAUGAUUUAGAGACUGUAGUUAAAGUCGAAGCAGUGUUCCUCCAUAGACAUGGGGCCAACAAGAGAGUUAGUGAGUCGGCAGGUGUUCUGAAGGCAGCAGUAUGUCGUUCAUAAAACUCUACAGUGAUUGCUGAGCAAGCGGUUGCUAUUCUGCAGCAGCCGUUGAGCAGUCCCGAAAUGAUCAUCAAUUCGAUGCGUCGUCUCGCAGCAACUGGUUUGAACGGAGCUAUCUUUUCGGAGGCAUUGGUUCCUUUCCUCUGGCACAGGGACAUCAAGGUGGGUUCCACAAGCGAAGUCACUGGUAAUGCAUCACAGUACGAGCGAGAGUGCGACGCUGUAGGCAUGGCACCCUCAUGGGAGCAGCACCGAGGGCUGCAGGGGAAGAUCCUUGGGGUCAACUUCGAGAAAAGAAUUGCGGAGCUCGCCAGCGCGGUCGGAAACGUGCACGUGCCAAUCAGAGCGCUGCGCCAAUUCAGCAAGUGGCAGCCGAGGCGGCUUACCGUCGCCGCUGUGAGUGCGCUUGGUUACUUUAUCAAUGACGAGUUCGCGGACUCCGAUGGGAUCAAACGCGCGCUUGACAAUGUCUUCACGAAGCACAUGCGCCACAUAUCAGAUCAUGAGCAAGAAUUCAGGCAUCUGGUCACCUCCUCGCGUGACACGUCUGUCCGCGUCGGAGCUCGAGCACUUGUGCUGUUUAGUGAAAUGGCGAGACGACGGACGAUUAGCUUCAAGGCGAAGCUCAAGAGCGUGACGCUUCGAGUCCUCCAGGACGAGCGGAGGUUCAAGGACAAGGAGAGGAAGAAGGAGAAGGCGAUUGUGAAGAAGAAGGAGAUGGAGAGUCAGAUCGGCCUGAACAUGUCUUCGCAGGUGCAAAAGCCCAUCUUCUUCGAUAACGACGAUGUUCUACGUGUGCCUCCUGGCAUGAUGGUAUUGCUGACAGCGCAUAACGAAGUGGAAGCCCAUCGCUGUCCAAACAUCCACGCGUGCCCUGGGGUCACUCUCGCAGCCGAAGAGCUGCUCAGCCCGAGCAGCACGUUUUUCAACCGCUCUUGCGAGGAAGGGUACCGCCCAGACUUGCCAGGGUGCGCGGGAUGUGCGCCUGGGAGCGGCAGGAGCCCCAUGGACGUCUUCGCCUGCAAGGCGUGCGGCGAUCGCUCCAAGGAGGCGCUACUCUACAUUUCGCUACCGUUGUCCUUGUUCCUCUUCGGCUUGAAGUCUGCCUACGACCCCUCGGAGGCCGAAUGCUUUGGCAGUGUGCUCACAGUCUUCCUCUCCUUCCACAGUGCUGCAAGCCUGGUCCUAGGCGCCAUCGUGGCGUCUCCCAUUGGCAGCAUGAUGCCCAAGGACGCCAGCCUCUUUCUGAGCUUCUGCAUCGCUUCUGCUGAGGAGGCCUCGGGCAUGCCUUCAGGCAGCAUCGACUGUUUCCUUGAGAGGCCGGCGGGGGUAACCUCGUGGCUCUUGCACAGCGCGGUCGUUCCCGUGACGAUCUUGAUGCUUUGGGUGGGGGGUGCGGUCGCGCUGGGCUGCAUCCGCGGAGUUCGCCCAAACUACACCGUGAUCGUCGUCCGGCCCGCGGCCGUCUUCGUCAAGAGCUUCCUCCCCAUGAUCUUCGCGGGUGUGUGGAGGGCCUGGCCGUGCUUCCACACCCAAGCCGGCUCCGGCCUUGAGUGCCCCUCCAUCCCGUGCCCAAAGUAUGUUCUCAGUUCUCUCUUCAGGUUCCUUUCGUCCUGGAUCUGCACGCCGCGCAUGGCGAUGGAAAAAGCGCAGCCAGGGGGCAUAAGGGGGCGCAGCGCCAUCCUGACCAAAAUCUCGAGCGCCGAAUCCAAGCGAGGCGACGGACGGCUUCCUCGAAGGCCCCAGAGACCAAGCAGCCCCAAAUGACCAAGUGCAUUUGCUUCGCCGCCCCGCGCCUCCGAAGUUCUCAGCCGCCAUGUCGGUUCGGGGGGACUGGGGGGCUGCCACUCCAGGUACUACACCAUGAUCUACGACGUGAGCGCGGUCUGCCCGGUCCUGGGCAAGUGGCCUCCCGAUCCCAGUGCUGUCCUGUGCCCAUGCGGCGCCCUCCUCUGCUGCCUGCUCGGCCCCGGGCUCUGGGGGCGAUAUAUCCCUUCUGAACAUCACCAUGCGCCCAGAGGCCUGGGGCGCGGGGCUGCGCGAAGCGCUUCGGGGAGUUCUGAACCGGCCGUACAAGGAAGAGCGCGAGUAUUGGGAGGUCGUCAUGCUGGCGCGGAGGAUCAAAAUUCAAGGUUGAAAAACAAAGCAUGGAGUCCAUUGGAAUUGUAUUACCCCCUUUUCCAGGAGGGGGGGGGAAUCCACUUGGGGUGGCGAUCAUCCACCCAUGUGGGAUGGGUUCGAUUUUUCGGUGAGCAACCUUUCAAUGUUGAACGUUUCCCAAUCUGCACGCAACCUUGUUUUCGGAGGAUGUUGCUGGCGUCGGUCGCGGUCUUGUGCCCCAUGUCCUACUCGGGGGGCACGCACCUGAAAGCGGUGGUCAUGAUCAAUGUCUUGGCUUUGGGCGCGCACGCCAAGGCGUGGCCCUACAAGAAGGAGAUCACGGAGGGCAUGCCGCAUUACCUCAACAUGAACAACAUUGAGUUCUUAUCGCUCACGACGUGCUGCGCCUCCGCCCUGCUGGCAUCCUACCUCAUGGAGGAAGGCUGGACCCACGACGAUUCCCUCGACAUCGCGGUGAUGGGCUCGUGCAUCGUCCUCAUCUUGGCCUUCUCCACGCUGCUGGUGGGCCUGCUCCUCUACACGGGGGCCAACAAGCUGCGGGCGCAGUUGGUGACGGGGCCCGACGCGGAGGAGCCCCGCCGGGAGCGCCUCGACGAGCCAGCGGCGCGAGACUGAGCGCCGUGGCCGAUCGCCUGCCAUGGCCGGGUGCCUUGCCCGGGCGCAGGCUCUCCGCCUUCCUCGCUCGCGGGUGGCCCCGAAGAGCGAGGGAGGGCGGAGUAGGAGGGGGGUGCAGAGGAGGG